AUGAUCCCCGAAGAAGAGAAGAAGAAAGACAGAGCGGCCAGCAAAAAAUUGCGCUGCGCUUUCAAAGAAAAACGCCGAAAUAUACUCUUCAACGACGCCUUCGACACCCUCCAACAGUCGGUUUUUCCUUGUCAAUCAUUAUUUUCAAGGAAAAAAAUUCGUUUCUUUGAUACAUAUUUUUCCUAAAAAAAUAAUUAAAAAAACAUGAUCAACUUCACAAGAAAAAAACAAAAUAAAGUAUUAUUUACCUGUUGAAACAUCAUUUACAAGUUGAUUCUACUUUUCAGAAUCAUUUUCUCCUCUGGAUUUGAACAAACUUUAGGUUUGAAAUAGUAGAUUUAACUUUAACUUUAAUAUAAGUGAAACAAUUUUUUUUCUGACAGUGUGAUAAUUCGCGUCAAGAGUGUAUGCACGUCUUACGGCAUACUUGACGAACUUCAGUUGGCCUUUUUUGCCAUCCGUUCAAAUAUUGUUCAAAAUAUAAUGUUUAUUAACUUUACAAAACCAAAAAAAGUCGAUUUCUAGACGUUUGCCACACGUCCCAGAUUCUCCGAGGCUGCCCAAAAUUAAGACCCUACGAUUGGCCACCAGGUACAUCGAACACCUUCAAAACGUUCUCAAUGGUCGGAUUGUGAGUUUUUUUUUUUUUUUGCAUCAAUAACGCCUAUUUACGGUUCGGGAAUUGAACCGCGGCGAGGGUUUUUUCUUGGCUACUGCACAUGCGCCGAUUCUAUUAAUUAUUUCCCUUUAUUUUUCCUUUAGCUUUGUUUGCAUUCAUUUUAUCAGUUAUCAGAUAUAAAAGUAGUAAAUGAACAUUGUUAGCAAGGAAAAUUCAGAUCCAGCCUUUCGCUUCGCCGCCUCGACCCAUUGAAGUCGACGACUUCGCGAAUACGGUUUUUGAAAUUAUAAGAGUGGGUUUUCUUUUUAAAAUCUACUUUCUUUGUUUAUUCGAAAUACUUUGAAAUGAGAGGUUGAAAACAAAAUAAAAUACUUUUUUGAGUCUGAAAAUAGAGGUUUUUUCUAGUAGCUUGAGAAUCUCAUGCCCCUAUGGAUACAUUAUCUUUUCGCGUCGAUUAUUUAUCGCGCGCCACGAUAUCUUUCAAUAACGCUCCAUUUUUCGAUCUUUUUUGAAUUAGAAAAUAAUCGCGUUAAAAAAUCGACGCGAAAAAUACUGUAGCUACGUGACGAAGUCAGUUGCUGUGCAUUUAAAAUCUGAACGGACUAUGAAAAGGAGAGGGAGCAGAGAAAUCAGAACAUAAGAAGAUUUGAGCUUCUUGAACGUCUCAAUCCCCAUUUUCAGUCGCGAAACAACUACAGCGAGCGCGCGCAGCUGCUGCAGCUCGAGUCCGCGACAUCGCCCGUGACGUCAUCGAGACGCGACCGCUCCCCGCUGUCGCCGCCGUCGACGCCCAACUUCUCGCCGGACACCUCGACGUCUUCAGCCCUGGCCCCCUUCUUGGCGAUGAACCAACACGAGUUCCACCAGCAAUUCCUUAUCCCAUUGCCUUCUAUCGAAAACUCCAUGGUUUUCAAUGCCGAAUACUACGCCCCAUGGCACAUUUAUCAGGUCCGGGGAGGUCGGACUUGA